UCUACCUCUGUCAUGGGUAAUUCGAUAUCAAAUGGACGAUCAUACGGCCAUAAUAAUAUACAUCGUCACCAAGAGCAUCAAGGUGUAAACAAAUCUACCGGCAACACCAACCAACAAACCGGUGGUGGUGGAGGAGAAAGUUCCCGGGUAUUAUUCCUUUUAUAUUUGAUACAUCGUACCUGGAAUGUGGUCAUUGACACGGUUGAUACCCGCAGUAAGAGGUCGCGUGUGAGUGGGCGUUGUUCGACGUCAGAAGAUUCGGGUGCACCUAGAAGUUAUUUUGAUGGAACAAGUUCACAUGAUGAUGACGAUGAGACAUACUUGGAUGGCUAUUCGUCGUUGUAUGGAUCGCAGUGUACAUUCUGUAGUUGCAGCUAUUGCUUCGAGCCAAAGCAAAAUCUGUAUAAUUCGAUUGAUGGCAAAGAUGGCGCCGGCGACUGUGGUGCUCGUAGAGAAUCAUCAAUUUGCCGAAGAAUGUCGAUGUGCGAAAGUGAUUUAUCAUCGUUCUACGCUGGCUAUCAAAUGGCACCCAGUAUAUGUCAGAACUCGCCUCUGUCCCCUGGUCCGGCUGCCCAGAUCCACCAUCAUCAUCAUCAUCCCCCAUCAGCAUCAUCGACGUCUUCGUAUAAAAUGACAAACUCGGAAAAUAGUUGGCCACAAAAUUUUACAAAUAAGGAAAACCAACGCCCUCCAGUUUACAACCCCGAAGACUAUAUCCAAUCGUUAAAAAAAUUUGGUAAACGUCAAACUGGAACAAAUGCCAAAUCCAUAUAUGAUCCGAACGAUGUGGAUAUUGCUAAGGACACAUAUAAAUCAGCAACACUACCAUCCAAGUAUUCUGAGUACAAAAGUCCAAUUCCAUCUCCACCAGAAACCGAUAGUGAGAUGUCAUUACGACAAUUCGGCUCAAUAACCGAUCUUCUUACAAAACUUCGAGCAGACCUUCGGGUAUCAUUUCCAAGUUUUGUUCAAGAAUUUGUUGCCACACCACUAGAUGGUGUUAGUUUAUUAUUGGAAGUUUUAAGAGCAAUUCAAUUAUCACAAACAAUAAAUCCAACAGCUUCAAUGACAGCCUCAUCAUCGAUGCCAAGAAAUGCACAAUCUUAUCAACGAAGAGCUUUAUUAGAUGAACUUGCCUGCUUACAAUGCCUCAGUAUAUGUUGCUGUCGAUCUCCAGAAGCCAGUGCAAGACUCGGCACAACUCCUGUUGGACUCUUACCAUUGGCUGCCUCAGCUACUGGUCAAGGUAUUCGGGCGAGAAUAUUUGCCUUGCAGCUUAUGACAGCAGCUUGUGACAAGUGUUUAGUUGGCCAUGGUUCACAUAAGGGAACCUGUAAUGGACAUACUGCCGUUUCUGAAGCUCUUUCUACACUCAGACUUAGGUGUAGUGAACCUGUGAGAUUUAGACUUCUCGUUGGAAUGCUGAACAGUGGCGGUGGCAGUGGAGAACUUCAAGCUGUUGGGGUCAAAUUUUUGAACACCUUCCUGGAAAGUGCAGAAAACCUACAAAACCGGCUUUAUCUCCAAGCUGAACUCUUUCAAGCUGGCUUUGAACCAACCCAACUUACAAAGUGCAUUGAAUCUUCAUCGCCAUGGUUAGAAAAGGUACGAAUUGAAGUGCGACGUUUUGAUGAGCUCAAAAUUGACAUCGAAAAACUUCAAAAUCAAGCCCGGGAAUCAGAUCGAAUUCGAAGCCAAAUGGUUAUUCUUGAAAGAAGAGUUCAGAUUCUUCAUGAAGAAAAAUCGGUCUUGACCUCGAUGGAGCGUCGCCUCCAAGAACGUUGUGCCGAACUGCAAAGGGAGGUCUUUAGACUCCAAGGGGCUCAGAGUGAGCAUUUCAAAUCACUUGACAAGCAACCAGUGGCAUUACCCCGUUUGGUUCCUCCAAAUGGUAAACAAGACUUCUCUGAACAUGAAGACGAAGGAAUAAGCAGCUCCGAAACCGGUCCAUCUUUAAGUCCGGUUCCAAUACUUGUUCUUCCACAAUUAAACUCUCAAAAAUUCAGUAUAAUGCUGAAUGAACAAAAAGAAGAAGAUGCUACAAUUGAAGAUGUUAUCGAAGAACUGAAGAAUAUUGUCAGUGAUGCUGAGAAACAGAUCUCAAAUCAAGAUGUCACGAUUUCAUCAACAGACAGUAAACCUAAAGUUCUAGAAGCCAAGGAAAAAGAGAUUGUUCCCGUGAAUCUUUUACCACAGCCACCGAGAAAAUCACGAUCGCUGGCUCAUAUUAUGUCGAAUGGAGGUGAAUCAGCUUCAGAUCUUGAUGGUUCUGAAUAUGGUCUUUUAUUGCUCCAGAAUCAAAACACUGCCAAUUUAGAUCCCAAUUCGUAUUUUGAGGAGCCCGCAGACUAUGAGGGUAAGCCAUAUCAAUCCGAUCGUAGUCCAACUUCAGCCCGAAUGCAUCCAAGUACAAAUCGUGAGAUUCUUGAUGUCAUCAUGAAUGCCCGUCAUACCGAUGAUGAUCCAACUAUGAAGGCUUUUCGGGAAGGUGGAGGCCGAAACUCAUCACACACUUCUCUGCCCGUCGUUAAUCAGACCGAAGUUACGGUUCCCCCACCAGCUCAGCAUUUCAAUGGAGUUUUCUUCAUGACUGGAAUGAAUACUCCACAGAAGUAUCCCCGGCCGGAUGUGACAGCUGCCCUUGAAGCUCGUCGAGUUACAAAAAACCUUGAAAGAAUCGAAGGAACUACAACUGCCAAUGAGAUAAUUUGUGAGAAAUCUCGAAGUAAUCAGCAAAUUUUCUUCGGAUCAAGUCCAACUUUAAAAAUUAAUACUGGAUUGUGUAUGGCAAAUGUAUCGGUUGUUAAUAAUGUCAACACACGAACUCGGUCUUAUACACAUGGCUCAAAAGUCACAGAUAUUCCAUCGGGACUGUACUGAAUUUCCAUCUCAUUUUAUUAUAUAAUUUAUGUAGUGUAGACUUAUAAUAUUUAAGAUACCUUUGUCAUUUAAUCAUUUUUA